AUGCAGUUAAUGACAAAUAUUAAUUUACUGUUGGCUCUUACAUUCAGUCAUGGAGAAUACUUAGAGUCUCAUUUCGAAUUCGUUGGCCAUGUCCCCAUUCCAGUCGAUGCUGAUUCUGUCAGUAAAGAAGUGACAAUCAGUCACUGCUUUUCGUCAUGUAUACAGAACAGCAACUGUUAUUCAUUCGACUUCUGUGCUAACCGUAUUACUGAGACUUGUUACAUGUACGAAAGGAACAGAACAAAUGUCUUAUGGGUAGAUGGUGGGCCAUGCAGACGCUACAAACUGAGACAGCUGUGCGAGAGAGAAUUUACAAAACCUUGCAGAUGUCCGGACAAUCGUGGUGGAGAAAGAUGUAAAUACAAAUAUGACUGCAGUGGAAAUCUUGUAUCCGUGACAACAUCUUCGUAUUCAUAUUUCAAAGAAUUUUCGAAUGGCAAAACAAAAGAACUGUAUUGUGAUAUGAUAACAGACGGUGGAAGAUGGAUAGUCUUUCAAAUGCGAUCGGACGGAAGUGUUGAUUUCUUCAGGAACUGGACCGAAUAUAGAGAGGGAUUUGGAAACUUGAAUAACUUCUAUAUUGGAAAUCAGGCAUUGCAUGAAAUUGUGAAGGAAGGAAAUUUUGAACUCAGGAUUGAUUUGGAGGACCAAACAGGAGAAUUGCGAUAUGCAAAGUACUCUGAUUUCUCCUUGGGAGGUCCCGAAAACAAUUACACUUUGGCUGUAAAGGGAUAUACAGGAAAUGCAAACGACAGCUUUAUUCAACAUAAUGGAAGACAGUUUUCAACAUUUGAUAUGGAUAAUGAUAUUUAUCCGGAUCCAGCUUUUAAUUGUGCGGAUUAUUAUCAUGGUGGCUGGUGGUAUGCAAGUUGUGCACAGAGCAAUCUGAAUGGUCUCUUUGGAGAAAAGAAUCAUCGAGGAUUACUGUGGUAUGACUGGAAAGGUGCAUUUGAUUCUACAAUGAAAUCAUCGAAAAUGAUGACGAGAAUGAAAAGAUAA